UGAACAGGUCUUGUCGCCACGUACAACGGGCGGGUUAGCAGACGUCAACAAACAGGUAUUGGCGGGUGUUGGUUUUACUGGCAGAUAAAAUUUGGUCAGAACCACACACCACACGACAUCUCAGUUAUCUGCUAGCUUGGGUUGAAAGAGCUGUUGUUGAUGGCGUCCCAAAAUGUGGUGGUCAAAACAUGGCUGCUGUCUGCUGUGUUGCUGACACUGUUGGUGCCCGCGAAGUGUCAGAAAUUUAAAUUAAACAAAUACAAGAUGCCCUAUGCCAAAGCAGUGCCUGUAUCUGCGUCUAUGGUGAACAGAAUUGAAAUAACCGGCACAGUGCCGUCUGUAGCCAAGGACUUUACCAUCAGCCUGUGUAGAACCAUCAGCUGUUAUCUGUACAUGCCCCUGACGCUGAAAGUCAGCUUUACAAAGGGUAAAAUCAUCCGAAAUUCCAAAGGUUUGCACUGGUCAAAGGAGGAAAGCUCUGGGGGACCAAUGCCCAUCAACUUAGGCCAACGUUUUCGCCUUAAUAUCGCAUUAUCAGCCUCUCGUUUACAAAUUUCGGUCGCUGACAUGGUAUACGCAAAUUAUACCCUCACAAUGCCAUUGUACUAUACUCGCUACUUGACGGUGCAGGGAAAUGUCACAUUAACCAAGAUCAAAUAUAUUAUUGACCAACCUGUACGUAAGAAUGUCUUAUUUACAUCUUUUAAGUUGAAUGUAAUUGUAAUUAACAUAUCAGAUCCUCUGAGCAUUAAUUAGGCCAUCCAAUGAUAACAUAUAAACACGCCAACCUCACGAAAUCAGUAAUUAAUUUUAAAAAUACAAUAUAAAUGUAAUACAAUUCAAGUACAAAAUUAUACGAUUGUUUUGUUCUUUACAGUUUUAAACGAGAUUAUUUGUUUAACUUUCACUCCUCUUUCACCCCAACCCCAAUUUUAGCCCAGGUACUUUGAGUUUGAUGGUGUUUUUGUGGGAGACGAACUCAUCGUUUCAGCUAAUGUGCCGCAGAAUUCAGACAGGUUUUCCAUCUACCUGUCGUGCAAUGCAAGCAAGGAAGAGCUCGCCCUAUUCUUCGAGGUCAAGUUUGAGGUUGGAGACUACAUCCGGGUGGUCUCCGUGAGCCACAAGACAGACGACUUCUGGGACUAUGAUACCAGCACUGACUUCGCAGAAUUCCCCUUCGUAAAAUCACAAAACUUUGAACUUACGAUCACUUACACACACUCUGGAUUUGAGAUUGAAGUCGGUAACAAAACAUAUUCUCACAACCACGAUAUUGCAAAAAUCAGUCAUAUUGGAUUUGACGGCAAUAUUACUGUCAUUUCUAUGGCGUUCACUUGAAAAUGUUCCAGUCCAAGUUUAUUUUUCUCAAACAAAACAAAUAAUUACUGAAUUUUGAAUUAAAAAAUUAAAAUAUCUUUA